CCGUGCUUCGACACAGACAAUUCAAGAUUUUUAUAUACUCAUAUAGUGUAAUCGUUCGUCUUUGUCGUCAAUUUCGGGCAGUUGAUUCCAAACGAAAUUCUUGGAAGAUGCUGAUUUUAGGAUACUUACUGAUCCCAGUGGUUCUGGCCGCACCCAGCGAAGUAACUCGGAAUGGCUAUACACCCAAGAUUGAGAAUGGCGAGCUCAGGAGCAUAGAGAUUAUUGGAGAGCCACCUCGUACAUUGGAUCUCUCGGGUUUGGGGUUCCAAUACAUCGAUGACAACGUGUUUAAAAAUCUUAGCAAAGUGAAGAGUAUCAACCUUGCAAACAACUCAAUAUCAUCCAUUUCUCGAGCUAUUUUUUCUGAUCUCGUGGAAUUGGAGCAUCUUUCCCUGGCAGACAACGCGAUAUCAUCUCUGCAAUAUGGCCAAUUCUACAACUUGAGAAAUCUCAAGUUUCUGAAUAUUUCGAACAACCCCAUAAACGAGUUGGAUUCAGGACAUUUAUACGGACUUGGAAAAUGGACGAACGUAUCCGCUCGCAUCAUUGGUGGACUCUGGAUGCUGGAAUCUCGCGUGUUUGACGAUAUUAGCAAUUUGGAAGACGAAUACGUAACAUGGGAAUGUCCUGUAGAGGGAGAGUGGGACGGGGGGUUCGAAAGAAAUCAGCAAGAAAUUGUGUGUAUUCGCGAAGGAAUUGUGGAAAAAUUGGAACUGUUUAAGCCCCAAGAUGUCGUGGAACCUCAUUGCAAAUUAGUGAAAAUUGUCGGAGAUACGUUCUUAUUGAGCUUGUCAAAUUUCGGGAUAUCCGGAUUCGUCGAUCGUUGGUAUCGUCUUGAUUCCGGGAUCAUCAAUGGAUUGGAUUUACACAAUAACAGCCUCAUGACGGUCGAGUUUCUCAAUAACCUUCCAGCGGACAUCACAGACUUCGAUCUGACUAACAACAGAAUAGGGAGCUUGAGAAAAGGAAGCAUUCGAAACGAACGCGUGAAGUCUCUGAUCUUGACGAAUAAUUCCAUCAGCGAGAUCGAGGAUGGAGCAUUAGAGGGAACACAGCUUUCGUCUCUGGAUUUGAGUAAAAACCGUCUAAAUAAUACGAGGUUCGUUGCGACUCUGCCAGCGAGUCUGAAAUCAUUGCAGCUCAGUGAAAAUUGUAUCGCUGAGUUAUCACCCAGCGAUUAUUCCCGGUUUCGUCAACUCGAUAAAAUUGACUUCACUGGCAAUGAUAUAACUGUCAUUAAAAAGUCUGUUCUGCGCGGUCUCGGUUCUCUGACAUCUCUCAGUUUUGUACGCAACAAAAUCGAAAAUAUCGAAACAGAUGCUUUCCGGGAUUUGAUAUCCCUGAAGCAGUUGAAUCUCGCAGAAAACAAGUUAACAAAGCUGGAUAAAGGAGUGUUCGAUGGUCUAAGAUCUCUGGAGGAACUGGAUCUCUCAUGGAACGACAUUAAAAAAAUAACACACGAUUCUUUCCAUGGCUUACCGAAAGUGUUAAGCAAAGUCUUUUUGUCUUUCAACCAGUUGGAAUUCUUGGAAUCUGGUACAUUCUUUGAAAGAGCGAUCGAGGAGCUGCACUUGAAUGGCAAUAAGCUGAAAACCAUCGAGGAGGGAACCUUCAAUUCAUCGGUCAUCUAUUCAUUGUACCUGCAAAACAAUUCCUUCAGCCAGAUCAGCGGCAACGAGUUUUCUGGUAGUUUUUAUUUGCAUAAAUUGAAUCUGGCGAACAAUCGAAUUUCGAAGAUCGAAAAAGGCUUUGCGAGCAAUCUCGAUCUCGUGUUUGAUUUGAAUCUUUCUAAUAAUCCUUUUACGAGACUGGAAAACGGUGCUUUGUUUGGUAUAAGCAAAGGAUACGAGGUCCCCAUUUAUCCGCCAGGGAACAAUUCUCAUUCGUCCCAUAAUACGGUACCGGAGCGCGAGAACGAGCCUCCGAUUAUUCCGGAUUUAUUUGGAUCCACAAGUGUUUACAACAACCCUGUAGUCUUUUCCAGACCGUCAAAUAAAGCGAAUUCCACUCAAAACAUUUCCGUUAAACGUUAUGGGUGCAGAAUUCGAUUACACAACGUCGAACUUGAACUUUUACAGGGCGGUGUAUUCGAAGAUUUGUGAAGUUGGUGAGUUGGUGAUUAUCAUGUAAACGGUCGUGCUUAAAUGAUUUUAUAAUCCGCUAAUCUAUAUUUGUACAAUGUUAAUAAAAAUAGCCGGCGAAACAUCGGCGUUCAUAACACCGUGUAUAACUCCGAAGUCCUGAGUUGGAGCAGAAUCUGGUCGAAAUUAAUCUGUUCAGAA